GAAAACAGCAGAGAUAAAAGCAGCAGCAGCAACACAGUCCUGCUCAUUUACAGCCUCCAUCAACACACACUCUCUCUCUCUCUCACACACACAGACACACACACACACACACACACGCAUCUUCAGUCUGAGCAGAAACAACACAAUGGUCAAGUGUAACUUGUACUUCACCAGCAGCUGCUGCUGCUCCCUCCUCCUCCCGCUGCUGCUGCUGCAGCUGCUGACCCUCAACUGCCGCACCACUGCGGGACUUCCGGUCAACGCGGACAGGUGCGCGCGCUGCAAUCGGCUCUUCAAGACGCUCCUGCUGAAUAUCACAGAGCUUCUGAAAAGUGAAGAUUUAUGCUUCGGCAUCCUGUCUGAUAAGGUGGUGUUGGGUAAAGCUGAGACAUUAAUGUCCUGCACACCCACUCUGGCUCAGAACUCAAGCUGCAUGAUGCAAAGACAUUCAUCCUUCAGUGAGAGUGAAUGUUUGCGGAACAUCAUGAAGGACCUGGUUUACUACGAAGCUGCCAUUAAAUCGUACCUGAACUCCACGCUCAGAAGCCCUACAGAAGAAGCUGCUCUUCUGAGUCCAACUCUGGGAAUAAUAAAGAGCUUGAAGGUGUGUGUUUAUCAUGUAUAUGUGUCAGUGGUUGAAAAGGUGUGGGGGAGAAUAGAAACAGGCUGGGAAAUAACAUUUGAACACAACCUAAUGACAUGUUCUUUGGUUCAACGCAGAACUGCUCCCCGAUGCCAGCUGAAGAGAACAAACCUUCAGAGGAAGACGCAGCUCAGAUGUGGGGAGGGGACACCUUCAACAACAGACAGGAGAUGUGCAAGAUGAUGAGAGGCUUCUACGUGCGAACCAUCACCAUCAACCGAGCCAUGGGUUACAUCGCUUCGGGAGACCACAGGAAGUAAACAUCAUCGCCAUCACCACCGCCGCCAUCUCUCCAAUCAAUACCACAUUGUCGUCUACACUCAUUUAAAUGAUCGCAACAUUCACUACCAUCACCUGUACCUGCAACUACUGACCACGUAGUUCUCUACACUGCACCUGUCUGCAUGAUUUACUGCUCAGGCAUAAGCUCGUCGUUCAGCCUCAAGUCAAAAUAUUGCUAAGGUUAUAGUAGUGGAGGCCAUGUUGGCCCUUUUACACCUAUGAAUGUAUUCCAAUAUUUGGGGGAAUGUAUUUAAUUAUUUAAUAUCUAUUUAUUACAUUUAUUUAUUUGAUGGUCUGUGAUGUUAUUUAUUGCUAUUUAUUAUUAUAAUAUUUGAUUUCUUUUUUU